AUGGAGGAAAUGGCCAUCGAUCCCGUUCUUAUCGCAUGGGUAAAACAGUUUCUUACUGGCAGGAAACAGCGAGUGAAGAUAGGUAAAUACACCUCAAGUUUCGAACCAGUGAACGGUAGGGUUCCACAAGGCACUGUCUUAGGUCCGAUUCUAUUUAUGAUUAUGAUAAACGAUUUGUUGGUUGAUUGGGACGAUAGAUGGAAAUAUGUUGACGAUUCGUCUGUUUCAGAAACCCUUUCUAGAAACAAAGAUUCGAACUUUCAAACUAUUUUAAAAGGAAUUAUGCAGUGGUGUGCAAGAAAUAACAUGUCCUUAAACCCCCAUGUUUAA